CCCAGCGUCAGCCUUCUCUAGCAAGCUAAUAAUAACACCACCUCCCCAAGCAAAAAAAUUACCCUACUUUCUCUCUCCUCAUUUCAUCAUCUCCACCAACCCAAAAUCUCUCCUUCCUUUCCCCCCUCUCUCUCUCUCUCUAGUUUCUCUCUCUUUGGCCGUCGCUCUUCAGCUCUUCCCUCUCUCGGACACACCCCCUCCGGAGCAGAGAUGAAGAUAAAGAACAAGGGCAAAGUCCACCCGUCUCCUUCCUCCUCCUCCUCCUCUUCUGCUUCUGCUUCUGCUUCGCACUCCUCUUGCGGCAGCGCCACCAGCAGGGAUGUCCUCUCCGUCUUGAAGCUCCUGCCGGCGGCCAUCUUCGCCCUCGCCACCGUCCUCUCCCUCGAGGACCGCGAGGUCCUCGCCUACAUGAUCACCCGCUCCCUCGACACCGCGGCUCCCGCGGCCGCCGGGGCCGGGGACGGGCCUGGGAGGAAGAAGGGGCAGCCGUCGAAGAAGGCGGCGGCGGCGGCCGCGUCGGCUCCGAGCUUUGACUGCGACUGCUUCGACUGCUACGGGAGCUACUGGCACCGGUGGGACUCGUCGGCCAACCGGGAGCUCAUCCACCAGGCCAUCGAGGCCUUCGAGGACCAUCUCGCCAGCGGCGAGCUCGGCAAGAACAAGAACGGCGGCGGCGGCGGCCGAGGCAAGGCCAAGCGACGCGAGAGGGACGGCAGGAUGGCGCGCCGGGCCGCCGCCUCGGGCCAACCCCAGCCCGAGCCAGAGCCCGAGCCCGAGCCGGAACCCCAGAUGCCCGUGAUCGAGACCGCCGCGCCGCCUGAGGCGGAGGACAGAGUCGCUUUUCCGACGGAGAACGAGGCGUCCUCAGCAGCUACGCCGGCUACCUCUCCGGAGAGGGCUGGCACGGAGAACUUCCCCGAGGAGGCUGAGCUCAGCUGCCACCCUCCGCCGUCUCCGGCGGUCCACGACGUGGCGGCGAGGAGGGCUCCGGCAGCGGUGAGCAGCCACAAGGGUUUGGCGAGGAAGGUGCUGCCGGACGUGUUGGGGAUACUGAACUCCCGUUUGUGGAGCCUUUGGAGUCCGAAUGUGUAGUCAAAAGAAGCCAUCAUCAAAAAGUCCUCCUGUUUUUUCAUUAAUUAAUCAAAAUCAGUCCCAUCCAAUUCAUCUUUUUCUUUUCUCGUUGUUUUUCGUGUGUUCCUCGAGCCAAGAGAAGAAAGCGAAAGGGCAAACAGGGCAAGGCUCAAUCUUUUUUCCCUGGGCGGGACGGUACGGUCCAUCGCUACGCUAGGUUUACGACUAUAUUUAUUUACUUUUAUUUCCAAAGUAAAUAAAUAUACACAAGAUUGCCUCGGA